UUUUCUGGGCUUCAAUGCGGUUUUGGUCCGCAGACCAAGCAGAUCCUUCCUCCACUCACCAGCCCCGUCUCUCACUCUUCGCGGGCGUCGUACUCUGCUCCACUAUUGUGUUGGGGGUCAGCGUACUUCUGAAAUCUCGACCCCGUUUUACUUAUAACUUCCUUCCUCUUCAUCAAUCUAUCUUCUCACAACCAUAUUCUCAUAUCGCAAACAUGUCUUACGAACGCGAACGCUACAUCGCCGAGCUUGCCGUCCAGCGCGCAACCAUCCUCACGCAGAAGGUGUUCAAUGAGAAGGCCAAAGGCACCGUCUCGAAGGAUGAUAAGUCGCCUGUCACCAUUGGUGAUUUUGGGGCCCAGGCUCUGAUCAUUCAAGCCAUCCGCAAGAAUUUUCCUAAUGAUGAAAUCGUUGCCGAAGAAGAAGCUAGCACUCUUCGUGAGGAUAAAGCCUUGAGCGCCGAGAUCUGGAGACUGGUCAAGGACAUCAAGCUAGAAGAUGCGGAGAGCAACGAGCUUCUCGGUGGUUCCCUCCCCAGUGAAGAGGCCAUGCUUGAUAUCAUCGAUGAAGGAAAGAGUGCCGGUGGUCCCAAGGGCCGCAUUUGGGCUUUGGAUCCGAUCGACGGCACCAAGGGCUUUCUCCGGGGUGGACAGUACGCUGUCUGCCUCGGUCUUCUUGAAGAUGGCGACGUCAAGGUGGGAGCCAUCGGCUGUCCUAACCUCCCAGUCGAUGACGCUGCUACCAUCUCUUCCUCUAUCGGUGUCGAUCAGAACAGCGGCGCGGGCAACGGAGUGCUGUUCUCUGCCAUCAAGGGUGCUGGAUCAGUUAGCAGGCCUCUAACGAGCGGUGCUCGGGCCGAAAGCAAAUCAAUCUCUAUGCGCCCGGUUCCUGAUAUCGCUCAGGCUGUUUUCUGCGAGGGUGUGGAGGCUGGACACUCUGCUCAGGGCGACAACGCUGCCGUUGCCCAGCUCCUUGGGAUUACCUCCCCCAGUGUGCGGUUGGACUCACAGGCAAAGUACUGCUCAAUUGCGCGGGGAGCGGGGGAUAUCUACCUCAGACUUCCCGUCAAGAAGGACUACCAGGAGAAGAUCUGGGACCACGCUGCUGGUGAUCUCAUUGUUCGCGAGGCCGGUGGCCAGGUGACCGAUAUCUAUGGACAAACUCUGGAUUUCAGCAAGGGGAGGACUUUGGCUGCCAACAAGGGAGUCGUUGCCGCUCCCAAGGCCAUCCAGGACGAAGUAAUCAGCGCUGUCAAGAAAGUCUUGAAACUCUGA